UUCAGAAUCAAGCCCCAUCGAUCCAACUCACAUUUCUACUUGCAUCACUUGAGCAAAAUGGCACAAAUCAAGGUUGAAAUUAUCGAGAGGCAAACAGUUAAACCAUCCUCCCCAACUCCUCAUCACCUUAGAAAUUACAAGCUCUCUCAUUUUGAUCAGACGGCUCUUCAAAUCUACAUCCCACUCCUCCUCUUCUAUUCCAAUGCUCCUGCUGAUGCUACUACUAACAAUGUCAUGGCCACCAAUGAAAGAUAUCAGCAUCUAAUGCAAUCCUUAACUAAAACUCUCACUCACUUCUACCCUUUAGCAGGAAGGAUUAAAGGUCACGCCGUGAUCGAAUGUAACGAUGAUGGAGCUGAACUUGUGAAAGCCCGAGUCAAGUGCUCCUUAUCGGAGAUUUUGGAACACCCAGAUACCAAGAUGUUAAGACGAUUCCUUCCUAUUGAAUCCGAGUCCAGAGAAUCGGUCACAGGCCCAUUGCUUCUUGUUCAAGUCAACUCGUUCGAGUGUGGAGGAAUGGCAAUUGGGGUUAGCAUUUCGCAUAAGUUUGCUGAUACCGACACACUGAGCACAUUCAUCAAUUGUUGGACUGCAACUAUCCAUGAUCAGUCAAAUAAGUUAAUGUUUCCCAAAUUUGGUGCAGCGUCUCUGUUUUCAGAACUAUAUUUGCCUCACCCAGAGCCACCGCCAUUCCAACCCACGGAAGCCACUAAAGAAAAAUGGAUGACAAGGAGGUUUGUGUUUGAUGCCUCAAAGAUUGCUGCUCUCCAGUCGAAAGUUGCAAGUUCAGUUGUGCCCAAACCAACAAGAGUAGAAGCAAUUUCCGCAGUCAUUUGGAAAUGCCAAAAUGAAGCAUCAUCUAAAUCAUCAUCAUCAAACAUGUUGGGGACCCGGACUAGUCUACUAAGGCCAUCAUUCUUCUCUCACGCUAUGAACAUGCGUAAACUCGCUGUGCCGCCCUUGCCAGAAAACUUGGUUGGGAAUCUAGUGGAUGUUUCAACAGCACGCUACCCUCACUCUGGACAGAGUACUAGUGUGAUAGAUUUGAAGGACGUGGUUGCAAAAAUCAGGGGAGCGCUUGUAGAAGUAAAAGAGCGUUGUGCUACAGAAGUGAUAUUCGAUUCCAGCAAAGCAUGGGAAAAACAGAAAGAGUGCAUCAACCUGAUGAAAAAUGAUAACAUAGACAAGUAUGUCUGCUCAAGCUGGUGUCGGUUUCCAUUUUAUGAAGCCGAUUUUGGUUGGGGAAAGCCAUCAUGGGUGACCUACGUUUCUGUUGCAGUUAACAAUAUAACUGUUCUCAUGGACACAAGAGAUGGCAAUGGAAUAGAAGCGUGGGUGAAUCUGAGCCCAGAAAAGAUGGCCUUAUUUGAAAGCAACGAGGAACUGCUUGCAUAUGCUUCUCUGAAUCCUAGGGUUCCCUACUGAGUACGGAUAAGAGAGCUUUCAUCUUGUGUUAUCAAUAAAAUGGUAGGGUAGCUUUUGAUAGCUAGCUUAUCUUCUAGCUUAAUAUUGUACUGUUGGAAACAUGGAAUAAGGUAAAUGUCCGAAUUUAACAUGUUUGAAUUAAUAAUUAUGUAUUACCAUUGAUGGAAUGUAUUGUGAGAUCUGUGAUUGUACUAAGUAAUUAUGGGUUUUUAACGGAAAUGGUCCCCCAAUGUUUGCUCGAGUUUCA